UUGAGUGAUUGUGAGCCACCUCAGUUAGGAGUAUUGAUUGAGAUUCUUGAGAGUUGAGAGUGUUCUGUUUAUGAGGGAAUUUGAGCCCAUAUAUGAGUGUUGAGAGAUGUGAGACCUCCAUAUUCAUGUAUUCUUGCUUAUUAUCUUGCUUUGCAGGUUGUCAAGCUGGUCUCAUGUAGGGAGGAGGGUUGAAAUGGUGAGUCCCUAUAACUAGGCUCAGUUCUGUGGGUUGAGUGAUGGUGAGCCACAUAGUUUAUCUAACUCUUCUUCUGCAGGUUGUCAAGCUGGUCCUAAUUGUAAGGGAGUUUUUUUGUUGAGGGUUAAGUGUUUGGAUAGCUCUCAUAAAUUGUUUAGAGUGUUUUGUGUUGCCUAUUGAGGGUUGAGUGAAUGAGGACUAAUUUUGUGGGCAGUUUUUACCCAACUUUGUUUUAUAAAAUGUAAAUUUGUCAUUGGGGUUUGCUGGAACUUGAACGAACAGUAUAUUGAAUCUGUUGAACCUCCCCAUAAGUCGAAUAUGUGAUGGUUGAACAGAUUUCUUUUAGGCCUGUGAACAUCUGUUUCUGGUUGUUUGCAGCUGAUUUUGUUGUUUCGAAUAUGCUGUGAUGGAUUUCCUUCUGUUAUGCUGACUGUGUCCGCAGUUGUUGUUCUGCUGGUAUGCUGGCUGGUUUAUUUCUCUGCUGGCUGCAGCCCAUGCUGUGUCACACCCCAAACCCGCCUCUAAGAGUUUGGGCAUGGCCAACCUGAUAACAGAUUCAAAAUUCAACAAUCGAUAGGAUAAUUAUCUUAUGCAAUACGGGACCUGAACGGAAGCAAUUAUCAGUUUAAAAUAACAUUCAUUGAGCUAGUGUUUACAUGCCAAGAUCACAAAACAUUUCAUUGCAUAAACCUAUACAUAAUGAAGCAUAUACAUAAGUAACAACUAUAUAUAUAUAUACAGUCUCAACCCCGCAUCUGGGGUAUAACUAAAACAUCGAUAAUGAAGGUUAUACAUGACUAACAACAUUUGACAAAAGGCUAGUGGCCAAUGUUAUGAGCUAUGAAAAGAACUCCACAAAAAUGAAUAAGCUUCAUCUAACUGCUUGGACACAGCGGGGUUGACAAAAGAAAAACUGCUAGGCUGGACUAGGAUUGACCUCUGAGUUGAUUACCUACAGAGAUAUACAUAACACGGAGUGAGCAAGGCUCAAUGAAUAAUAGUAUGCAGGGGAUUCAAAUGAAUGAACAUGAAUCACGCCGCAUAUAAGCGCAUAGAUCAGAUGUUUGGUCUUAUUUUGUAAAUAUUUCCAAAACGGCCUUGGGCCCAAUAUUUACACAACAUGGUCUCAGGCCUAAUAUCAUGCAGAAUGGCCUCCGGCCCAACAUAUUGUACAGAACCGCCUCAGGCCCACAUCUCAACAGCUUUUCACAUAUUGGAGGGUAGGUAGAGCAUCGACAUGUACACUAUCUCCCUUGGCCUUAGGCCAUGAAUCAUAGUCACUUCAAAUCAUAUUUGGGUCGGCGAGACAUCGGCAUGUCAUCGUCUCCCUCAGCCUUAGAGUUGUCCACAUUCAGUGGCUUAUAACUGAACGGCCUCAGGCCCAUCACUAGCAAAGCAGAACGACCUCAGGUCCAUAAGGAUAUUGUUGCUCAACAACACAUAGGUUUCCCAGUUGUUCACUAUAAGGAGACAUAGCUUACUUAUGCAUAACAAAACGCUAAUGAUAACUAUUAGCAGUAAACGAAACGCAUCACUACACUACUAUUACUCACAGUACUGUGGCGGAGCGAUAGUCCUUUCCUGUAUGUGAUCUACACACAUGCAAUUUAUAAAUUAGUCCAUUUUCCUUUUUAAUCAAUAUAUGAUUCGUUCGACAUUCAUUUAAUUAUAAGCAUUUUAAAAGCUUCAGAUACACAUUUUAGCAAUCCCAAAGGGUCAAACAGGAGAAAAGAAGCACACAGUAUUUUUCUACAUGGGCCGCACGUGCGGAAGCCCCUUGUUGCACGUGCAGGAAGAUGGGCCGCACGUGCGUCCCACACGUGCAUAUAUUUCAGAAUUCCAACUUUGCACUCCCCUAUUUUCUGCACGUGCGGUUGUGAGCCCUGUACGUGCGGUGGUGCUUCCCGUACGUGCGAUGAUGACCCCCGCACGUGCGGUCGCAGCCCCUGUUUUGGGCAGUCCGAAUCAAGGCACAAAUUCAACAAGGCAAACAUAUCACAAAGGAGAAAAAUGGGGAAAUCACCUCAAUACUAUAACAUAAUAUUACCAUAACAUGAAUCAUAAAUGAUAAUACCAUAAUGAACAUGAAUUACAAGUUUAUUUAGAUCAUAAUCUUUUCUAGAUUCACAUACACAAUUCAAUUCCCCCAUGGUUGUGGUUAGAUUUGAUAUAUGAACAAUACAUGUGUAUAAUCAUACGAGUUCCAAUAUGAAAAAUCAAAGAAUAGGAUAUAUUCCCCCAUAUAGCUCAAAUUAAUUUCAAAACAACCAAAUGAUAAGCACAUCUUUCCAAUUAGUCAAAUAUCACACACAAGACCUCAAUUACAAACCCUAACUUGCAUGAAUAUCAAGGAAAUUCUUACUCAAGUCCAAGAGAGAGGUUAUUCAAGGUGGGUUAUACAUACCUUGAGCUCAAAUCUCAACAAUCCUUCACAAUUUCCCAAUUUUCUUCCUUGUUGAAGCUUCCUCCCUCUUGCUCUCCCUCUCUGACCCUCUCCUUCUCUCAGGAGAUAUUUUUGUUUUGUGAUAUAGCAAGUGACCAACAUAAGAGUUUUAAACGUAUAUUUAAGGGUUAGUCAUAAAUUAAUCAAUUUAAUCAUUCCGACUCAAAUUUUUACGAAAACUCAUAUUAUGAUUUAAAAAUCAUGCUUAUUACAAUUAUAAAGUCAAUUUCGAGUUAUCAAGCUUUUAAGGCUUCCAAUUACUAAUUCAAACAUCGCAAUUGUAACAGAUUUUUCUCCUAAUUAAUAGAUAUAAAUCCAUAAUCAUAUAAUUCAGGCAAUUAAACUUAAUUUCGCAUGGAAUUUUACAUUAAACAUAUAAGUGCACCUAAUAAGAGACCGAAAGCAUACCAGAAAGCAUAUAAAAGGGUCGGGUUAUUACAUGUUGAUUGCAGUGUUCUUUCACCUCUGUAGCAGCUUUGCUGCUGUGAUUCCUUUUUGCAACACUUUAUUAGUUUUUCUGCAACAUCUGCAGGAGUCAUAUGGAUAUCCUCCAACAACACAUUAAUUCUGACAAACAAAUUAUGUGAUUUGAUAUUAAAAUAGUUUUUCUUCUACCCGCUUGCUUAUGAUUUGUUACAGCUAUAACUUUUGUGUAAUCUUCAUGUUAAAUAUAAUUAAGUUUAGGUGAAUGUUUUUCUUUGAACACUUAUUAGUUAUGCUGUGUUUUUCUUUGAAUGUUUUGGCCUCAGGUUUUGUGGAUCUUGUAACGAGUUUGAUCUUAAGGUGACUCUUCUCAUAGGCCUUAGACAAGAAUUGAUACACAUUGAUAUAUAUAUAUACACACACACGCAUGUACACAAUCACACACGUGGAUGAGGUUAAGGGUGAACGAAAACCCAUAAUGGUCUUAAGAGGUUGAGAGUGAACCUACUGAAAACCCGGAUAUGUUAUAUUUGUUGUAUGGGUGAAUUUCGAUAGUUUUUGUUUUCAAAUGGCAGUUAUGAUGGUAAAUUGACAAAAGGAAAAUGGUAAAUUGAUUGCAGUUAUGAUGAACAUCUAUAACUAUGUUUGUGUUUAUGAGCUAUUCUCAUGAAGUCUGAAGUAGUUAGUCUCAAUUGUUCUCAUUGAUAUGUGUUAUAAUAUAUGUCUUUGUUGUGGGAUUCACACUUGCAAUUAAUCUCAACCAUAACAUUGCUCUUUUACAGGAAAAGUUUUUUGGUUGUGUAAUAUUUGCUCUCUCUCUCUCUCUUUGGUCCUGAAAGUUGUGGAUAGAAUUGUACUCAUAAUUUUCCUUCUAAAAAUUGUACUCAUAAUUUUGUGCUGCUCUUUUAAUUAAGAUUUAAUUGUGUGUUUUCCUUUUAUCUUUUUAUUGUUUUCGUUUUUAAGAAAGUAAGAUUAUUUGCAAGUGCGUAUUGUGCAGAGAGGAGCUGUCCAGCCUUUGAUUGAGAUGCUUCAAUCCCCAAAUGUACAGCUUAGAGAAAUGUCGGCCUUUGCACUGGGUAGGUUGGCACAGCCAAGACACUGAAAAGAUUAGAGGAGAAGAUUCAGGGACGGGUGAGCAUUUUUUUGUUUUAAGCCAUUUGUUAUAUCUGAUGCGUAUAGCAAAGAAGACUAUUCAAAGACGAAUUGCUUUGGCUCUUGCCAACCUUUGUUCUGCAGAGGAUCAGAGAACAAUAUUCAUUGAUAACAAUGGAUUAGAGUUACUACUUGGUUUUCUUGGUUCCACGAACCUAAAGCAGCAACUUGAUGGUUCUAUAGCCUUGUACAAGUUGGCUAACAAAGCCACAACUCUUUCUCCCAUUGAUAUGGCUCCUCCAUCUCUGACACCACAGGUGUGUGUCCUUUUUAUUGUUAGUUUAUUUGGCCCAUGUGUUCUGUUAGAUUUGGAAUUAUUUCAAACAAUUAGCAGGACUAGUAUUUGGUAGAUUUCAUGAAAAUAUCAGUUGGCUUUUAAUUUAAGAAAUUUUGAAUCUAUUGUUUAUUUUAA